AAGCGCAAACAGACUUUAUAUUUAUGGAGGCGUUCUUUAUAGCAGAAUUACGCUUAUUAGAAAAAGAAGAAGGGAAUUUAGAAGAAGACGAAUAUAUUUCACAAAAAGAAUUCACAGAAUCCAUUGAUGAAAACAUUACAAAAUUAGAAGCUGCAAAAUCAAAGACUGUAAAUGCGUUAGAUAUAUUGCGAGUAUUAAAAGGUUUAGCAGAAAGAAAGAAUGGAUUAUUCUUCAUGUCAGAAUUAGAAGAAAAGAAAUUACACAAUGAUGACUUGGGAAAAUUGGGCGUAGCAAUGAUGCUAAUAGAUGAGAAAAAGAAUACACACUUAGAAUUAUUAAAAAAAGAAAAAAUAUUAAUGGCAAGUCAUAUGGCGACAAUAAUAUUUUCAAUUGCAAACUUCAUAGAAGAAUUACAAGCAUCAGAAAAUGCAAAGAAAAAAAAAGAUAUUGCAGAAGAAUUUGUUACAAAACAAGAAUUAAUAACAUUAGUAAAAGAAGCAGAAAAAGAAGUAGAAAAAGUAGGAAAACAAUCAUUAGUCAAAAUAGAUACUGUAAUAGAAUAUUUAAAAAACGAUUCAUUGGUAGAAUUUAUAGAAAAAGAUGAAAAAAAUAUAAAAAAAGAGCACUUUGGAAAAUUAAUCUAUCUUAUAGAACAAUGGAAGGAAUAUAUAAAAUUUGGAAAAUAUGGGACAU